UGUGUGGAUAAGGCUCUGAGUCUGGCUGUGUCUUUCCUGCCUCUUGUUGUGUGCGGGUGUUCGGCGAUCACCUUUGUGUGUCUUCUGUCUGUUUAAACUUCAGGAUGGCUCGCUUCGGGGAGGCGGUGGUCGUUGGCAGGCCGGGCUCAGGCGAUGGAGACUCGGACCAGAGCAGGAACCGGCAAGGAACCCCGGUACCGGCCUCAGGGCCGGCAGCAGCCUACAAGCAGUCGAAAGCGCAGAGGGCGCGGACUAUGGCUUUGUACAACCCCAUUCCUGUCCGGCAGAACUGUUUCACGGUCAACAGAUCCUUGUUCAUCUUCGGAGAAGAUAACAUUGUCAGGAAAUACGCCAAGAAGCUCAUCGAUUGGCCGCCAUUUGAGUACAUGAUCCUGGCCACCAUCAUUGCCAACUGCAUCGUCUUGGCCCUGGAGCAGCACCUUCCUGAGGAUGACAAGACCCCGAUGUCCCGAAGGCUGGAAAAGACAGAACCAUAUUUCAUUGGGAUCUUUUGCUUUGAAGCUGGGAUCAAGAUCGUGGCUCUAGGGUUCAUCUUCCAUAAGGGUUCAUACCUCCGCAAUGGCUGGAAUGUCAUGGACUUUAUCGUGGUCCUCAGUGGCAUCCUGGCCACUGCGGGGACCCACUUCAACACCCACGUGGACCUGCGGACCCUCCGGGCUGUGCGUGUCCUGAGGCCUUUAAAGCUUGUGUCAGGAAUACCUAGCCUGCAGAUCGUGUUGAAGUCCAUCAUGAAGGCCAUGGUGCCUCUGCUGCAGAUUGGCCUUCUGCUCUUCUUUGCCAUCCUCAUGUUUGCCAUCAUUGGCUUGGAGUUCUACAGUGGCAAGUUACAUCGAGCGUGCUUCACAAACAAUUCAGGUAUUCUAGAGGGAUUUGAUCCUCCCCACCCGUGUGGUGUGCAGGGCUGCCCGGCUGGUUACGAAUGUAAGGACUGGAUCGGCCCCAAUGACGGGAUCACCCAGUUUGACAACAUCCUUUUUGCUGUGCUGACUGUCUUCCAAUGCAUCACAAUGGAAGGAUGGACCACUGUGCUGUACAAUACCAAUGAUGCCUUAGGAGCCACCUGGAAUUGGCUGUACUUCAUCCCCCUCAUCAUCAUUGGAUCCUUCUUUGUUCUCAACCUUGUCCUGGGAGUGCUUUCAGGGGAAUUUGCCAAAGAAAGAGAGAGAGUGGAGAACCGAAGAGCAUUCAUGAAGCUGCGGCGCCAGCAACAGAUAGAGCGAGAGUUGAAUGGCUACCGUGCCUGGAUAGACAAAGCAGAGGAAGUCAUGCUUGCCGAGGAAAAUAAAAAUGCUGGAACGUCAGCCUUGGAAGUGCUUCGAAGGGCAACCAUCAAAAGGAGCCGGACGGAGGCCAUGACCCGAGACUCCAGCGAUGAGCACUGCGUUGAUAUCUCUUCUGUGGGCACACCUCUUGCCAGAGCCAGUAUCAAGAGCACAAAGGUAGAUGGAGCUUCCUAUUUCCGGCACAAGGAACGGCUUCUGCGUAUCUCUAUCCGCCACAUGGUCAAAUCCCAAGUGUUUUAUUGGAUUGUCCUGAGUGUUGUGGCUCUCAACACUGCCUGUGUGGCCAUUGUUCAUCACAACCAGCCCCAGUGGCUCACUCACCUCCUCUACUAUGCAGAAUUUUUGUUUCUGGGACUUUUCCUGUUGGAGAUGUCUCUGAAGAUGUAUGGCAUGGGGCCACGCCUUUAUUUCCACUCUUCAUUCAACUGCUUUGAUUUUGGGGUCACAGUGGGCAGCAUCUUUGAGGUGGUCUGGGCAAUCUUCAGACCUGGUACAUCUUUUGGAAUCAGUGUCUUACGAGCUCUCCGGCUCCUGAGGAUAUUUAAAAUAACCAAGUAUUGGGCAUCCCUCCGGAAUCUGGUUGUCUCCUUGAUGAGCUCCAUGAAGUCUAUCAUCAGCUUGCUCUUCCUCCUCUUCCUCUUCAUCGUUGUCUUCGCUCUCCUGGGAAUGCAGCUCUUUGGAGGCAGGUUUAACUUUAAUGAUGGGACUCCUUCGGCUAAUUUUGACACCUUCCCGGCAGCUAUCAUGACAGUGUUCCAGAUCCUGACAGGGGAAGAUUGGAAUGAGGUGAUGUACAACGGCAUCCGCUCCCAGGGUGGAGUCAGCUCAGGCAUGUGGUCUGCCAUCUACUUCAUUGUGCUCACCCUGUUUGGAAACUACACACUGCUGAACGUAUUCUUGGCCAUCGCUGUGGACAAUUUGGCCAAUGCCCAAGAAUUGACCAAGGAUGAACAGGAGGAGGAAGAAGCCUUCAACCAGAAGCAUGCACUGCAGAAAGCCAAGGAGGUUAGCCCGAUGUCUGCACCCAACAUGCCUUCUAUUGAAAGAGACAGAAGGAGAAGACACCACAUGUCGAUGUGGGAGCCGCGCAGCAGUCACCUGAGGGAGCGGAGGCGCCGGCACCACAUGUCUGUGUGGGAACAACGCACCAGCCAGCUGAGGAGGCACAUGCAAAUGUCUAGCCAAGAAGCCCUCAACAAAGAGGAGGCCCCGCCGAUGAACCCCCUCAAUCCGCUCAAUCCGCUGAGCCCUCUCAACCCGCUCAACACUCACCCCAGCCUCUAUCGGAGGCCCAGGCCCAUAGAGGGUCUAGCCCUGGGCCUGGGUCUUGAGAAGUGUGAAGAGGAGCGCAUUAGCCGCGGCGGCUCCCUCAAGGGCGAUGUAGGGGGCCUGACCAGUGUCCUGGACAACCAGAGGAGUCCCCUGUCCUUGGGCAAACGAGAGCCACCCUGGCUGCCCAGAUCCUGUCAUGGAAACUGUGACCCUACCCAGCAGGAGUCUGGGGGAGGAGAGACGACGGUGGUGACGUUUGAGGAUCGGGCCAGGCAUAGGCAGAGCCAGAGGCGCAGCCGCCAUCGCCGGGUCAGGACUGAGGGCAAGGAGUCUGCCUCCGUGUCCCGGAGCAGGUCCGCCAGCCAGGAGCGGAGUCUGGAUGAAGGCGUGUCCAUUGAGGGGGAGAAAGAACAUGAGCCUCAGGGCAGCCACAGGAGCAAAGAGCCAACCAUCCACGAAGAGGAGAGAACCCAGGACUUAAGGAGGACCAACAGUCUGAUGGUACCCAGGGGAUCUGGACUGGUAGGAGCUCUGGAUGAGGCAGAAACCCCUCUAGUCCAGCCCCAACCUGAGUUGGAAGUGGGAAAGGAUGCCGCUCUGACAGAGCAGGAGGCUGAAGGCAGCAGCGAGCAAGCCCUGCUGGGGGAUGUACAGCUGGAUGUGGGCCGCGGCAUUAGCCAGAGCGAGCCUGACCUCUCCUGCAUGACCACCAACAUGGACAAGGCUACCACCGAGAGCACCAGCGUCACCGUCGCCAUCCCUGACGUUGACCCCUUGGUGGAUUCAACAGUAGUGCACAUUAGCAACAAGACUGAUGGAGAAGCCAGUCCCUUGAAGGAGGCAGAGACCAAAGAGGAGGAGGAAGAGGUGGAGAAGAAGAAGCAGAAGAAAGAGAAGCGAGAGACUGGCAAAGCCAUGGUGCCCCAUAGCUCAAUGUUCAUCUUCAGCACCACUAACCCGAUCCGCAGGGCCUGCCACUACAUUGUGAACCUCCGCUACUUUGAGAUGUGCAUCCUCCUGGUGAUAGCGGCUAGCAGCAUUGCCCUGGCUGCCGAGGACCCUGUUCUGACCAACUCGGAGCGCAACAAAGUCCUGAGAUAUUUCGACUAUGUUUUCACAGGCGUGUUUACCUUUGAGAUGGUCAUAAAGAUGAUAGAUCAAGGCUUGAUCCUGCAGGAUGGAUCCUACUUCCGAGACCUCUGGAACAUCCUGGACUUUGUGGUAGUGGUUGGUGCGUUGGUAGCCUUUGCUCUGGCGAACGCUUUGGGAACCAACAAGGGGCGGGACAUCAAGACUAUCAAGUCUCUGAGGGUACUCCGAGUUCUACGACCACUGAAAACCAUCAAGCGCUUGCCCAAGCUGAAGGCUGUGUUUGACUGCGUGGUGACCUCCUUGAAGAACGUCUUCAACAUACUCAUUGUCUACAAGCUCUUCAUGUUCAUCUUUGCUGUCAUCGCCGUCCAGCUGUUCAAGGGGAAGUUCUUUUAUUGCACUGAUAGUUCGAAGGACACAGAGAAGGAGUGCAUAGGCAACUAUGUAGAUCAUGAGAAAAACAAGAUGGAGGUAAAGGGCCGGGAAUGGAAGCGUCAUGAAUUCCACUACGACAACAUCAUCUGGGCCCUGCUGACCCUCUUCACUGUCUCCACAGGGGAAGGGUGGCCUCAGGUCCUGCAGCAUUCUGUAGAUGUGACAGAGGAGGACAGAGGCCCAAGCCGCAGCAACCGCAUGGAGAUGUCCAUCUUCUAUGUGGUCUACUUUGUGGUGUUCCCUUUCUUCUUCGUCAAUAUCUUUGUGGCUCUCAUCAUCAUCACCUUCCAGGAGCAAGGGGAUAAGAUGAUGGAGGAGUGUAGCCUGGAAAAGAAUGAGCGCGCAUGCAUUGACUUCGCCAUUAGUGCAAAACCCCUCACCCGCUACAUGCCGCAGAACAGGCACACCUUCCAGUACCGCGUGUGGCACUUCGUGGUUUCUCCAUCCUUUGAGUAUACCAUCAUGGCCAUGAUCGCCUUGAACACUGUCGUGCUGAUGAUGAAGUACUAUUCUGCUCCUUGUACCUAUGAACUCGCCCUAAAGUACCUGAACAUUGCCUUCACCAUGGUGUUUUCCCUGGAAUGUGUCCUAAAGGUCAUCGCUUUUGGCUUCCUGAACUAUUUCCGUGACACCUGGAACAUCUUUGAUUUCAUCACUGUGAUUGGCAGUAUCACAGAAAUCAUCCUGACAGACAGCAAGCUGGUGAACACCAGUGGCUUCAAUAUGAGCUUUCUGAAGCUCUUCCGAGCUGCACGCCUCAUAAAGCUUCUGCGUCAGGGCUACACCAUUCGCAUUUUGCUGUGGACCUUCGUGCAGUCCUUUAAGGCUCUCCCCUAUGUCUGCCUUCUGAUUGCCAUGCUUUUCUUCAUCUAUGCCAUCAUUGGGAUGCAGGUAUUUGGAAACAUAAAAUUAGAUGAGGAGAGUCACAUCAACCGGCACAACAACUUUCGGAGUUUCUUCGGGUCCCUCAUGCUGCUCUUCAGGAGUGCCACGGGGGAGGCUUGGCAGGAGAUAAUGCUGUCGUGUCUCGGCGAGAAGGGCUGUGAGCCUGAUACCACUGCACCCUCGGGGCAGAACGAGAAUGAGCGUUGUGGCACUGACCUGGCCUACGUUUACUUUGUCUCCUUCAUCUUCUUCUGCUCCUUCCUGAUGCUUAACCUGUUCGUGGCUGUCAUCAUGGACAACUUCGAGUACCUGACUCGAGAUUCCUCUAUCCUGGGGCCUCACCACUUGGAUGAGUUUGUCCGUGUCUGGGCAGAAUAUGACAGAGCAGCAUGUGGCCGCAUCCAUUACACUGAGAUGUAUGAAAUGCUGACUCUCAUGUCACCACCGCUAGGCCUCGGCAAGAGAUGUCCCUCCAAAGUGGCCUAUAAGAGGUUGGUCCUGAUGAACAUGCCAGUGGCUGAGGACAUGACAGUCCACUUCACCUCCACACUUAUGGCUCUGAUCCGGACAGCCCUGGACAUUAAAAUCGCCAAAGGUGGUGCAGACAGACAGCAGCUAGACUCAGAGCUACAAAAAGAAACCCUGGCCAUUUGGCCUCACCUGUCUCAGAAGAUGUUGGAUCUGCUUGUGCCCAUGCCCAAAGCCUCUGACCUGACAGUGGGCAAAAUCUAUGCAGCAAUGAUGAUUAUGGACUACUAUAAACAGAGCAAGGUGAAGAAGCAGCGACAGCAGCUGGAGGAACAGAAAAAUGCACCCAUGUUCCAGCGCAUGGAGCCCUCAUCACUGCCUCAGGAGAUCAUCGCUAAUGCCAAAGCCCUGCCUUAUCUCCAGCAGGACCCCGUUUCAGGACUGAGUGGUCGGAGUGGAUACCCUUCAAUGAGUCCACUCUCCCCUCAAGAAAUAUUCCAGUUGGCUUGUAUGGACCCAGCUGAUGAUGGACAAUUCCAGGAACAGCAAUCUCUGGAGCCAGAGGUUAGUGAAUUAAAAAGUGUGCAGUCCUCUAGCCAUGGCAUCUACCUUCCUCCGGACACCCAGAAGCAUGCGGGAUCUGGGAGGGCAUCCUCUAUGCCACGUCUGACUAUGGAUCCCCAGGUGGUAACAGACCCUAGCUCUAUGCGACGUUCAUUUUCUACAAUUCGGGAUAAGCGUUCAAAUUCCUCAUGGUUGGAGGAGUUCUCUAUGGAGCGUAGCAGUGAAAAUACCUACAAGUCACGGCGCAGAAGUUACCAUUCCUCCCUGAGGCUGUCAGCCCACCGCCUGAAUUCUGACUCUGGCCACAAGUCUGACACUCACCGCUCAGGAGGCAGGGAGAGAGGCCGGUCCAAAGAACGAAAGCAUCUUCUCUCUCCUGAUGUCUCUCGCUGCAAUUCUGAAGAGCGAGGGACCCAGGCUGACUGGGAGUCCCCAGAGCGUCGCCAGUCAAGGUCACCCAGCGAGGGAAGGUCACAGACCCCCAACAGACAGGGCACUGGUUCCCUGAGUGAGAGCUCCAUUCCCUCCAUCUCUGACACCAGCACCCCAAGACGAAGUCGUCGCCAGCUCCCACCUGUGCCACCAAAGCCCCGGCCCCUCCUCUCCUACAGCUCCCUGAUGAGACACACUGGCGGCAUCUCUCCACCUCCUGAUGGAAGUGAGGGUGGAUCCCCGCUGGCCUCUCAGGCCCUGGAGAGCAACAGCGCUUGCCUGACCGAGUCUUCCAAUUCCUUGCACCCCCAGCAGGGCCCGCACUCUUCCCCACAGCACUACAUCUCCGAGCCCUACCUGGCCCUCCAUGAAGACUCCCACGCCUCAGACUGUGGCGAGGAGGAGACACUCACCUUUGAGGCAGCCGUGGCUACUAGCUUGGGCCGCUCCAACACCAUUGGCUCUGCCCCACCCCUGCGGCACAGCUGGCAGAUGCCUAACGGGCACUAUCGGCGGCGGAGGCGUGGGGGGCCUGGGCCCGGCAUGAUGUGUGGAGCUGUCAGUGACCUCCUGAGUGACACGGAAGAAGAUGAUAAGUGCUAGAGGCUGCCAUCCCCUCCGAUGCAUGCUCUUCUCUCACAGGGAGAAAACCAAGACCAAAUUGGGAAGCCAGUGCGGCCCGGGGGGGAGGAAGAGGGAGGAGGAAGAUGGAGAAAGGACGCCAAGCAUCCUCAGAGAAGAGGAAGUCAAAGACAGCUGGAAAACCAGUCAAACCCACCAAUUUGCGUUAUUUCCCUUUGCAAGAUGGGCACUGCCAUAGUUCUGCCUCUUUGCUGGGGAAAGAAAAUACAGGGAUGUGGGGGGUUAUUCCCAUGGGAGAAGGGACAUGAAGGUGGCUUGGCUUCCCUUGCCCCUUCCCACUUUUCUAUGAGCUGCAGCGGGAUCUGGCUGGCCUGUG